UCCAUUUAUGCAUACCACUAUAUUAUUGCUCCAAUCUUCUUAUCCCUAUUUGCUCAAUACAAGCACUUGUUAGUUCGACUCCAUCUCUCCCCCUCCUCCCUUCACCAUCUGCACCAAAUUCACCAUGGACGCUUGUUUUCUCUCCUCAAACUCAUUACACAAAACCAUAACAUUUGCCCCUUCAAUCAAAGCCAGAUUUCUCACCACUCCAAAGACAAUUCCGUAUCAGUUCAAUUGCAAGAAAGUCAAAAUCCCAUCUCUUAUUACAUAUUGCCAUCUGGGUUCAUCAUCACCAGAAGAUGACAGCAAACCAAGUCCUGAUCCUGAUUGGAGAUCAUUCAGAGCAAGACUAGUAGCCGGAGAGCGUGCACUGAGACCUCAAGCAGACGAUCUUUCCUCUAGUGUUGACCCUGAUACCGUUGGGGAUGAGGAUCAACCUCCAACAGUAAAAAUCAGUGAAAAGUGGGCCCACGCCCUCCACGAACCCGAAAAGGGCUGCUUGCUCAUUGCAACGGAGAAGCUGGAUGGGGUCCACAUCUUCGAACGUACGGUGAUCCUGCUCUUAUCGACCGGCCCGGUGGGGCCGACCGGGAUCAUCCUCAACCGGCCGUCGCUCAUGUCCAUCAAGGAGACCAAAUCAACGGUGUUUGAUGUCGCGGGCACGUUCUCCGAUAGGCCGCUGUUCUUCGGGGGCCCACUGGAGGAAGGCUUGUUCCUGGUGAGGCCCCACAGGGGUGGUGAUGAUGGGGUGGGGAGGAGUGGUGUUUUUGAUGAAGUGGUGAAAGGGGUGUAUUAUGGGACCAAGGAGAGUGUGGGUUGUGCCGCUGAAAUGGUGAAGAGGAAUGUGGUUGAGGCUGAGGAGUUUAGGUUCUUUGAUGGGUAUUGUGGGUGGGAAAAGGAGCAGUUGAGAGAUGAGAUAAGGGCUGGUUAUUGGACUGUGGCUGCUUGCAGCCCAAGUGUAAUUGGGUUGUCCAGUGUUGGAAGCGUUGGGCUUUGGGAUGAGGUUCUUGGGCUUGUUGGGCCUAGAAAAGUUUGGUGACUUUUUCUUUAUAUUAUCCUUAAGAGGCACAAUGUGGGAAACUUGGGGCACAAAAAGCCUAGUGAUCAAAACCCAUGUUGGGGAGCAAUUGGUUGUAGCAUGACUUUGAUGUGUAAUUGCAAUAGAGAAAGUACACGGAUUCGGAUGAUUUCAGACAUAUCUGUAUUCAGCAUAAGUCUAUGGGCAUAGCAUUGCUUAUUGUAAUAAGACUUUUCAUUUUGUAGUGUA